AUGCUGCUAUUUGCCAUCCUCUCCGCGGCUUCCUGGGACCAAGCUUGGUGUUCCUCAGGGGAUGGAGUGAAGCAGUGGCAGAAGGCCCCUCCAGCUCUUCACAACCAUCACCAUCACAACAGGAGCCUGUACCUCCACGCUACCUUCCCCCCUCACUUCCUCUGGGGAGUGGGCACCUCUGCCUACCAGACCGAGGGCUCAUGGGACCACGAAGGGAAGGGGCCGUCCAUCUGGGACCACUUCACUCACACCAAGGGACCCGGCAUGGACACGGGGGACACGGCGAGUGACAGCUACGCUCGAUGGCAAGAGGACAUGAAGGCGGUGAAGUACCUGGGGACCCAGACGUACGCCUUCUCGCUGUCCUGGCCACGUCUGUUUCCAGAUGGUGGCGUGGGGAUCCCCAACCCUGACGGGGUGUGUCAUUACCAGCGGCUAAUUAGAAGCCUCCAAGCUGAGGGUAUUCAGCCGGUGGUGACCCUUUACCACUGGGACCUUCCACUGGGCCUGCAGCAGCGGUAUGGCGGCUGGAAGAAUGAGAGCACGGUGGAUGCUUUUGUGGAGUAUGCAGAGUUCUGCUUCCAGACGUUCGGGGACUCUGUGAAGUACUGGCUCACCAUGCAUAACCCUUACCUGAUAACGGUGCAAGGUUACGGCACUGGAGUGCAUGCACCAGGGGAGAGCAAUGACCCGGCUUCUGUUUUUACCGUGGGACACAACCUUAUUAGGGCUCAUGCUAAAGUCUGGCACAUGUACAACACACAUUUUCGCCCUCACCAACAUGGCCAGGUUUCCCUGACGCUUGGAGCCCAUUGGAUAGAACCACACAAGGCACAGUCCAAUCAAGCCCAUGGCAGUGCCAACAACGCUGCCCUCUGCCAGAAAUCCAUGGAGGCCGUGGUGGGUUGGUUCGCCAAUCCCAUCCAUGGCACCGGGGACUACCCAACUUCCCUGAAAGACACAAACCAAGGACUCAUUCCAGAGUUCUCCCCAGAGGAUAGAGCCUUUAUCAGGGGCACGGCGGAUUUCUUCUCCCUGGCUUUCGGGCCGGACGUCCUCCGCAUGGGCCCGAGGCUGCCUGUGUUUGGGCAGCUGCUGUCCAUGGACCUGAGGAAGGUGCUGGGCUGGGUGAAGCUGGAGUACGGAAGCCCGGAGGUGCUGGUGGCCGAGAGCGGAUGGUUCACGUCUGCAUCUGUGAGGGAGGAGGACACAGUGGCCAUAUACUUGAUGAGGAGACUGCUGGGACAGGUGCUCGAAGCCAUAGUAUAUGAUGGUGUUCGGGUUCUUGGCUACACCGCGUGGUCCCUGGUGGAUGGAUUUGAGUGGAACUAUGGCUACAGUGUGAGGAGGGGUUUGUUUUAUGUCGACCUCCACAGCGCAGAUCGAACCAGGAUCCCAAAAACCUCUGCAAAGUUCUACAGACAAGUUGUGAUGAACAGAGCCUUUGUAGACAACAAGACCUCUGAGAACGUCCAUGGGCAGUUCCCCUGUGGCUUCCAGUGGGGGGUGGCGGACCCCGUUCUACAUGUCCGUCUCCAACCGUACUCCCCUCAGUUCACCGACCCCAGCGUCUACCGCUGGAACUUCUCGGGUGAUGGCAGCCUGCGUCCUAUCUCAGGGGUCACCGUUCGCACACGCGGCCCACAGUGCAAGGACUUCCUCUCCAUCCGACGCCACCUGCAUCUCCUGGAGGCCACUCGGGCCUCGCACUACCGGUUCGCCCUGGACUGGUCCCUCCUGCUGCCCAAUGGCAACCCCUCACAGCCGGACCAGGAGGCUCUGCAGUACUACCGCUGCUUCCUGACAGAGCUCCAUAAACUUGGGGUCAAGGCAGUGGUCACACUUUACCACACCAGCCGCAAAUCACCAACCCUGGGUAUGCCGAAGCCACUGCAUGACGCUGGAGGGUGGCUGAACGUCAGCACGGUGGAGGCCUUUGAGGCCUAUGCAACCUUCUGUUUUCAAGAGCUGGGAUCUUGGGCACAUAUGUGGAUCACCAUCAAUGAACCCAAUCGUCUAGGCGAACUGUAUAACACCAGUGUUGAGGCGCAUCUGAGUGCGGCCCACCAUCUUCUCCUGGCACACUCCAAUGUGUGGCACAUCUACAAUGACCAGUAUCGGCCUCAGCAGGGGGGUCAGGUGACCUUCACACUACAUGCUGAUUGGGUGGAGCCGGCCAAUCCGUUUCUGGAGAGCCACAGAGCUGCUGCAGAGCGUUUCUUGCUGUUUGAGCUUGGGCGGUUCUUGGAUCCCUUCUUGGCCAAAGGAGAAAGUGACUACCCAGCCCAGGUAAGAGGGUACAUUGAGGAAGGACACAGCACUGUGAAAUCUCCUCUACCGCACUUUACAGAAAAGGAGAAGAAGAAGCUGAGAGGAGCUCUUGACUUUAUUGCCUUGAACCACUUCACCACACGCCUGGUCACUCCCAGGAACUCUGCCUUCCCCAAUGUCCAGCCUGUAUCGAAUCAACAACAGCAUGGCCCUAUCCAUGACUGUUCUUUCCUCAAUGACCCCAGCUGGCAUGUGUCCAAUCUGGGACAGGCUGUGGUGCCCUGGGGACUUCGGAAGGUCCUGAGCUGGGUGAAGGGUCGCUAUGGAGACUUAUCGCGUCCAAUUGUUGUCAUGGCGUCAGGGGUGGAUGAUCAGGCGUCACACGAUGACAAACUGAGACAAACCUACAUCAGGGAGUAUCUGCAAGAGGCACUCAAAGCACAUCAGCUGGAUGGUGUUGACCUCCAAGGAUUCUACUUCUGGAAUCUCCAAGACCGCCACACGUUCCACUUCGGCCUGUUCGGCCCCUCGCAUCACCAAUCCCACCCCAAGGGCUCCGUGAGGGUGUACCGAGACAUCAUCUCCCACAAUGGCUUCCCAUCUGUGGGAAGGAAGACACAAACCCCCUGCCAGCUACCUGCGGCAGCCCUAACAAGCUGUACCAUCUGCACGAACAUCACAGAGAACAAGGCACUGCUGUUCUUUGGUGUCUGCCUUUUUAUCAGCGCCGCCAUUCUCACUGGGGUGCUGGUCGGCCUCGUCAGGAGGAGAGUAAGUGCGAGGAGAAGACGUGCGAUGCAGCCUACGAGUCCUUCACGGCUCUCCAGGCAGCACUGGGAGAGGUUACCCAUGCAGAGGGUGGUGCGGAGAGUGUGA